UGCAUUUGGCAGUGUAUGGUAGCAUUAAGCUUACUAGCCAAGAGAAAUGUUGUGUCAAUCUCGGCAACAGGUUCAGGAAAAACAAUGACCUUUUGGUUGCCUAUGUUGCGUGAAAAGGGGAUUACUUUCAUAGUGACUCCACUAAAGAGUCUUGGAAGCCAGCUGUCCAAUGAGUCCAUCAAGAAAGGGUUUCCAUCUGUGUCAAUCACCGCAAAACUGCUUGGUGAAAAGCCUGGACUGGUUAAAGUAAGACAAUCAACCAAGUUCCGUACAGUUGUCAUAUCACCCAAACUGAUAGUGGAUCCACAUUUCAUGGCUCUUUGGCUUGACCCCCAAUUUCAGAAGAAGGUUGACCGUAUCUGCUUUGACAAAGCACAUUGUAUCAGUCAGUGGGGCCGAGACUUCAGAUCUGCUUACAUACAGAUAGGACGACUAUUCUCCAUACUCGGAGAUAGCAUCUCAUUCUUCUUCACCUCUGCCACCCUCCGCCAGCAUGUUCUAACAGACAUGCUGAAGAUU